CGACCUUUGGGUGAUUAUAUAAACCACUACGAGACAUUAAACUAUGACAGAGCUCCGAUUCUUGAUCAACACCAUCGCGUGAGGCGUUCAAGUCCAAACAGCGAUCAUGUUGUUCAAUUGAAUUUAAAAACUUCGCAAAGGUAACGUGUUAUAACAUUUUACCAAGCUGAAUAUUUGCUACUUUCAAACUUAAUUUAGCGAGAAAUCUUAUCUUGGUUUUAGAACCGAUUUGCUUCCGCUCGAACUUUACUUAAUCUGCUCUAUUAUGUUCCCCGUUUGAAUCACUCCUUGAUAUACACUGUAUCUAGUUUUUUGUUCCAUUUGAAAAAGAAUAUUACCAUUCUUUGCUUUUCAUGAGCGUUGAAUGAAAAUGUUGCUUAUUAGAACGAGAAGGACUUGAGAGAAUAGCCUUGCAUUGUCUAGAUAUGAAAGCUAGAUACUGUAUGUUUAUAUAUUGUUGUUGUCAAAGAGCUCUACAUAAGCUUAAAUCUGCAUUCUUUAAACACUUCCAAAAAAAACAAUAAUUAUUUUCUAGAUAAACUUCUUAAACUAUGUAGAGUUUUCGUGGGCAUGUAGUUAUUGUUUUCUAUCUAUGAAUUUAUUUAUUGAAGUCUGCUAUCCUAUUAAACAAGUUCAUUGUGAACUUCUCUCCUGGCUGCUUCUUACAUUUGAAGGAAUAAUUAUCUAUUCUUUUGUGUUUUACAAUAGUUUGUUUCAUAUAAAGAGAAAAUAUGGCAUGAAUGUUAAAAUAUUUUUAAACAGCUUGGUGUUUCCUAUGGAGUUAAUGUUUUGAUUGAAUAAUGUGAUAUUUCUCCAUACAUCACCUACUGAUAAUGUAAUAUUUAUAAAUUUACCAUCCAGUACACAUUAAGCAAUCAUUAGAUUCAGCUUUUGUAUAAUAUGUAGAAUUAGGCAGAUCACGUAGGCCAUUAAGUAACUCUCUCUAAGAUUUGUAUAAUAAUUAAUUAUUAAUAUUCUUCAUAUCAAAAGUAGGUUGAGUUUGAUCGUCCGGGUGAAUGUAGUCCUGAAUAGGACUGUUGUUGUUGACAGUGACUGACGUUUCGACAACCUGCACGGUAAUCAUCUUCAGAGUCAAAGUGAGUUGUAUCACGUCGGUUGAUGGUAUUUUACUCUGGUUAUGGAUCUGAUUGAUCUAUUAUGUUGCGAUGUUAUUGGUUGUCUAUCAGUUAAGCCAUGAUGUUAUUGGCUUGUAAUCAGUAAUUGGUGCAUUUUGAUCCGUCUACCGUCACAGUGAACAGUGGUCUAUUGUUAGUCAAAUUGUCAGUUCUCCAGUUGUUCUCUCGUAGUUAGUCUUGCUUGAUCUCAUCAAUAAGUUGCUGUAUAGUGCUGGUAACUGUUGGCUAUGAUUCAGUGGCAUUUGUUCUAAGUUAAUAAACCAGCUUUCUAAAGUAAGAUGUUGAUAGUAGUCUAUAGAAUAAGUUAUACAUGUCACAGAGUCCCAGUCAUUGAUGUUUCAUCUGUAAAUGGUGCUCAGCAAUGUGAUUGUUGACAUCACUAUUCCUGGUCGCUCGUUUGUGUUUGGUCAGUCACAUGCUUAGGUUUCCGCUGGUUUCACCAAUGUAAGAAGCCUGGCCUGCUCCCUGUCUGUCCUCUGGUUUGUCUUUGUCCUUGACAUUAGUAAGCAGUCAUUGUAAAGUGGUUCUUGGUUUGUAUGCAACACGUAUUUAUUAGGUUGUAAUAUACAUGUACGUGCGAAAGUUUCACAUAUCAUGUGAAAGCUGAAUCAAAUGACUGUUUUAGUUUUCAUUCAAAACAUUUUCUAGUUCAAAACAUGCUCAUCUGUUAGGGUGCAAAGAAAGUUAGUUUUAUGGCUUCCCAACCGGGAAAGUUGUUGCUAUUAUGUACCAGCCCAAGAGUCUUUUAAGUAGCCCAGAAAAAUUUUGAUGAGCAGCAUUGAUUACAAUUCUUCUGUAAUUUGAAUUUCCCAAAAAACUUCACUUGCCCUUUGGGCAAGUUAAGAACAGGAUUCACUAGCCCAAUUGCAAAAUCCACAACCCCUGGCUAUCCCAGGCUAUCGGACACAACUAUCUUUGCACGCUGUCUGUCUGUAAAAAUCCUGUCGUCAAAGCGUUUGCCUGAUCCUUUGCAGUUAAAGAUACAGUGGAAGCUCCUGUAAGUGAACACCCUUGGGAUGCAAAAAGGGUGUCCAUAACUGGGGCUUGCCACUCACAAAAAUGUAAAACUACAAAAUUUGUAUGCCAGUUGAGAAAAAUGGGGUUUUGUGAAGGUACGAGAGUGUCCAUUUGAGAGCUUCCAAUGUGUGAAGGGAUAUCUAUCAUCAUGGCAAUCACUAAAAUUUCAAGUUGCUGGGUAUACAUAUACAUGGCUUCUGAUAAUUCGCAGAAAAAAAGUCAAAUUUCACGGGAUUUUUGGGAACAAAAUCGCAGAAAAAUCGGCCGAUUUCGUGGGAAUUUCGCGGGAAUUUUAAGGGCAAACUUGGCCGGAAAGCAAUCGGUAAAAAAACAUGGUAUUUUGUGGUUAUUUUCAGGGCAAAUUUCGCAAGAAAUCGAUCCGGUUUGCGCUGAUCAGACCAGUGUUUUUAAUGUUUUUCUAACAGAGGUCAUCAUUUGCUCUUUCAACAACAAUACACUCUAGAAAUGAACCAAUGGCAAAACCUUUAACAUCAUGGCUAGUGCCCAGUUUUAUCGCAACAUAAUCUACGCCUGGGCUAGUUUCGGACGUUGUUUCCACAUUUCAGUGACAAAGUUUUGACAUAAAUUUGCGAGUUUACAGCAAGUAAAUACCCCCAGUAGCUGAGACAAGUUUCAAAAUUGCUGUAUAGACAUGUAUUUGAUAAGAUUUCUACUGAAUUUUGUGGUACUUUGCAUGUUUUUGUGAAUUUCGCGAGAUUUCGCGGAUUUACCUGAAUUUCAUGACCACGAAAAAUAUCAGAAGCCCUGCAUAUAGUAAGCUAGUAAUUUAACAGCUGGGAAGUGUUUUUGGGUCUAUUUUGCUUCUAUUUCCUACAAUACUAGCCGGGGUUCAUGCUCAUAGUACAUGUAGAAAGAGUAGUUUGGCUCUUUAGUGUUGGCAUGAUUUUUGAAAUCUUCUACCAUUUUGUUGACUUCUGGCUUGCCAAAACAGCUGCACCACCUUGCCACUUCUCUCAUUUUCUGUUUACAUCACUGCAGUCAUUGAUAUCAGCAAACAUCUUGAUUGUAAUAUUGUAAUAAUUAUCUUAUUAUCCACUCCCCUCAGGGUAUUUUGGGGAACAUUGGUCGGGGGGGACUUCUUCCAUCAUAUUUUGAUCAAUGCUAGAUAUGGCCAGUUGACAAGUGAAGAAUUAGCCAGUGAAUUUAAACUAAUCGUAAACAGCAGAAUAUUUUGAUUAAAUGAUAAAGUAUGAUAAUACAUUAUAUCUCCAUGCAUUACCUCCAUGUACUGUAAGUGGUUUGUGCUUCGAAGAUUGAAAGCAAAGAUCAUGUGACACUUCUUGUUGCAAAAGUUUCAUUUUGGAUUGGGCAUUUUUAAGGAUAGCACCUAACAAGAUGAGACUGAUCUUAAAAUAUUAAAAGUGAACAGCAAGGAAGCCCAUGAGAAACCCCUGGGCUUAUAAGUAACAGGCACCCUCAAUAAAUUAUUAAAAAAACAUUAUUUAAAAAGUAUAUUAUUACAGCAAAGUAUUAACAGUAGUAUACAAGUAAAAUCAAUGGUAGAGCUACUAAAAAUUAAACAUUUAUAAUGUUGUAGAUAAUAAAUUGUUUUAAGCAUAGUUGGGCAAAAAAAGGCAAAAUUAAAGAAGAACAAAAUGAAAAGUAGAGGCAAAUAAAAGAAAAAUAAUAUUUAUGACGAGAGAAAUGCUUUCAGGUUUUUCAGAUUUAACUGAUGAGUGUUUCUUACUUUUUUUUGUAGAGAAUUUAAAAUUCGCCUCAGAAGGGAUCUACAAAUUUUUACUGACAACUUUCGUGCAGAAAACUCUGAAUUUGAUCCUGCAAAAGUUGUAGAAGGGCAUGUAGAAGGUAGAGUAUGCUGGUUAUCUUAUUUUGAGCAUUAAUUAUAUAUGUUACAGGUUAAAAUAAAAUUCAAGUUAUUAUUAAUGUCGCAGUUCCUUUAGCUAGGCUUCAAAAGUGUAAUAAAACAAGACAACAAACGUAUGGCAUAAUAGGGGAAACACCGCUCCGCAAUCAGUGUGGUGGACGACUUCCAUAGCCUGACCAUAAUGGCCUACACGCUAAUUUACACGCGCUAAUUUAGCGUUAAUUUACGCGCUAAUUUACACGCACCAGAUUGGACAACUUCAGGUAAGUCCAAAAGAAGCAAACUUAAUACGGCCUAACACUCCAUGGCACUACGAGCUGAAACCUCCUGGCAGCAUCGUGCAACUUAAUGGAAUGGUGUAGGCAAAUAUUUUGUUCUAGGAAGUUUAUCUUAUCAGGACUAUGAGCCGACUCUGCCAGCACGUGCUGGGAUACAAUCAAAAUAUAAAAGUUUGCGUUAAAAUCAAAGCUUGAGGAAGUGGCCGUGAGACUUAAACUGAAGGCGAAAGAACGUGGUGAGCCCGUGUUUAUUAGGAAUAACAACAAAGCCUCCAAAGGGAGGGACCAGGGUUUUCAACUGUUUUGUAAAGUAGCGGACAUACUUCUGAAAGCACCGGACGUGAAUUUUUUCUUGGCGCCGUAAGGCGCGUCGCGAGCGCCGAAGGCGCAAGCACCUAGGGGGGUCUGGGGGCAUGCUCCCCCAGGAAAUUUUUAAAAUAGAAUACUCAGAAACGCCAUUUCCAGCGUUUCUGGAACCAAGGAAACAGUUUCCUAGGCAAUGCUGGCGCUCACUAAAAUUUUCUUUAAAAAGUAAAUUACUGAAUGAAAAUGGUCAGUUGGUAGGGGGAGGGGGAGGGAGAAUGGCAACAACAGAAUUUUCAUUGGCUUAUCAUUGCGAAUUUAUUUGAUUUUCAAAAAAGAUGUUUGGUAACAAUUCCGUUUAAAUGAAGAGGGGAAACCAAUAAAAUAUCCCGCCGCUCAGUAAGCAAAGAAAAAAGAGUUAUAUGGCCGUUUUGAAGAAUGUAAUUGAUUAUUCUGUUAUCCUCUAGUCAGUAUGUUCAUGAGAUGCCUUAGUAAGAAAAAUAUAUAAUACAGUAGUAAAAAAAAAUCACCAAUAUUGAUCUCAAAGUACCGGACGUGGAAUGGCAAACGACCGGACGAAACGUCCGGCCUCCGGCCUCAAAUGAAAACCCUGAGGGACGGGUGGGAAUUACAAAACUUUAGGGUGGUUGAAGUAUACCAACUUAGGAAUACAGCUGGCAAUGAGUCACAGGACUUUUACUAGGCCUUUUAUAGUCUGAGUACUGUCCCAACGUAAGCCAAUAAAAAAUACUGUACUACUGAAUAGAACGUGCAACUAAAGUGCUCCACAAGACAUGUAUGAGGAAAAUUAUUUUUUACUAGCCAUACAAAACGAGCGAUACGUUAGAAACCAGCCCCAGCUGCAACAAAAACAAGGAUUGCUAUUGUAUCAGUAAUUUCCAGCUAUAGAAGUGGUUUUACGUACUACCCAGUACUUUUACCCCCUUAUAAAAUUGUAAAAAUUCUACAAGAUUUGAUAAGGACUAUAGCAUAACACUGCAUUACAUGUUGCUGAUUGAAGGUGUCACGCUCCAUUAACUGCCUUUUACAACUGAUAUGUAAAACUUUCUUAAAAUUUUUUAACCUUGGUAGAUUAUCAAUUUCCAUUGUCUAUGAGACCUGAUUAUUCAAGAAUAAUGAUUAAUAACCCUAAUUAUCCUGGUAGACAAAGAAAAUUGAGAAUCAACCUAGGUUAAAAAAUUUUAACCUGAAUUUAAAUUUGACCUGUAACAUAUGCAAUCCAUGUACAAUGUACAUAAAAUAAUGUACUUAUCCGAUCAAUGUUUUAAGACUUACUGUUAACAAAAAAAGUUGCCAUGCAAUCUAUUAUCAUACACUACACUACCUUUCUCAUUUAUUUUACUUGUUCAUAUUUUAGGUCAUAAAAAUUCUCUAGUACAUGGUUUUAUAUCCGAUGAUGGAGUGUUUGAAGGCAAAAUUCAUGUAGGAAAUGAUGAGUAUUUUGUGGAGUCUGCAAAACAGUAUUUCAAAGAUGCACCUCAAGACUUUCACUCAGUGAUCUAUGAGAGCAGAGGUGUUCAUUAUCCACAUGCAUAUGGCCCUGGCUGUGGGAUCAACGAUAAAUCUAAAAGAUGGAUGGAUGAAGUUAAAAGGUAUCUAUCAGUUUCAUUAAAAUAACAUACAGUGUUAAAAUUAAUAAUGUUGACCCUUAAAAUACAUGCUAAGCGCACUUCCUCACAUAUCCUUUUCUUAGAACUCUAACCAGAAGGUUUUUUCAGAGCACAGCACUGUAAUUAUAAUAUUAUUUUAUGUUUACAGACAGAAUGAGAUGUUUACAUGUAAAUGUUGCUCAUUGUAUCAUUGUUAUCCUGAGUACAUGCACAUUUACAUGUUAACAGCUGACAUUUUGCGAUGCAGUCACUGUGGAAUGUCAUGUCUGAGGAAUGAGCACAGAAAUUCCAUACUGAUUACAUGUCACUGCCCAGAUCUGGGAAGUGCUUCUGAUUGGUUAAAGCAAAUUUCCCUUGUGGUGUGACCAAUCAUUAAAAUACUACCCCGAUCUAGGUGCACAAAUUAGUCAUGUACAUUUGUAUAACUAAGUGGCAAAUCAGUAUGGAUUUUGUGUGCCCAUUUCACAGACUUUAUUUUGCAGGGAAACCAGCAGUGGCAUCUCAAAUUACCAGCUGUUUUCUUUAUCAUUUUGGUCUGACUGAUAACAUAAAGCCUGCUGUGUGACACACUGGUUGAUCUUAAGCCUGGUUUCCAUAUGAUCGUCUGGAUCGUCCCGAUCGCCCCAGUCGUUUCAAAAUAUUUCAAGACAAUCCGGACAACUGGGGCCAUUGGUAGUUUCCAUAUGAUCGUCUCGAUCGCCUCAAAGGCAAGAGACGCGGGGUCGUCAGCAAUGUCUCUGGGUCAGACAAUAGAGUUUUUGUGCUUGUUUUGCAAACAAGCCUCAUAAAUGGAUGAUUUUUAUUCAUAAAGCGAACCUCGUACCUUGGUAUCUGCUUUUUCUCUUGAUUUUGCAGCAUUGAGAAGCUAGAAGAGUUCCCCGAAGACAUAGUAUCUCUUUGAAAACUUGAUGUCAUGGACUUUCUCUAAUUUCAAAUAACCCCCAUGUAUUAUUUUUUUGGCUUCAGCACCAUCCGGGCCGAAUUUAUUCUCGAUUACUGGAAUAAAAGUGAUGACUUCUGGGAUCAGCCUUUGAUCGUCCCGAUUGUCUCAGUCGUCUGAGAGCGUUUCCAUAUGAGCGCUUCAAAAUUUACAUGAUCGUCCCGAUCGUCCAGAUAGAACUCAACUCUAUCCAAGCGAUCGAGGUCGUCUCAGUCGUCCGUGUCGUUUGCGAUCAUCUGGGUAGCGUUUCCAUAUGAUCGUCCCGAUCGUCCGAACAUUUUUGGAGACGACUGGGACGAUCCGAACAAUCCGGACGAUCAUAUGGAAACCAGGCUUUACAUGUACAUGCUGUGAAUGUGCAUGUAUUAAAGCUUGGUUCAAAGAUUUAAAUAUUGAAACAUUUAUACUGUACUUCUCAAUGGAAUUUUGUGUAUGCCAGGAUGCCUAAAUGAACUAAGCCCUCAGUACAUUAAUGGUAUCAUUAACUGACAUACCUCAUGGUAUGUGUAUAUAUAUUUACACGUUUGGUUGAAAAAUUAAUUGAUCUUUGUCAUUGUUUAAUGUUGCUUUCUUCAGAUCUGCAGUGAAAGGAAAAGUUGUUGAAGAUGAACAUGUCACCCAUUUUGAGCCAUUUAAAUUGAGAUAUCGUAGAGCAGUUGGAUCCAUUGAUGCAGACAAAUUGUCUUGUACUUUAAAGAUGAAUGUGAGUUGAUGUGAUGUCUAUGCUGUUUGGAUCACACCUUUGUUUCCUGCUAUAAAACCAUACUAUUAGGGUUUUGUUUUGAGCCUGAUCAAUGGCAGUUUUGAUUUAUUUGGUUAUUAAUUAUUCAAGGUCUUAGACAUGAUAGUUUCACUUCCUGAAAUGCCAGGCUUAGCCUGCAAAAACAUCGGUUUCUCCUUGCUCUUCACCUCUGGGGACUUUUUGCGCGGAGAAACAUCUGCGACUCAGCGACAGAAAUUCCAUAAAUGAUGACGCAAAUCAAUGUUUACAUAAUAAAUCCAGUAGUCAUGGAGUUCCAAAUAUAAAUGUGUCUAAUUUUACGUGUCUUCUGGUCGAUUUUGGUAAAGUGUUGUGCUCAUCUGCCAACGAGCUCCAGCAAAACUCAAAUGCUUCUUCUAGAGAAUACCACUACUACUGUAUAUUCCACAAGUAUUGACUGUUUUGUGAGAGAUUCUUCUCAUUUACAUUUGACCUUUGUGGCUUUUUGUCUUUAGUCUGUCAUUUGUAAACAAUAGCUAAAACAAUGUAACUACUCCGUCAACCAAUCAGCGCUUCUGACUGAAUUCUGCACAGAUUUUACGUAAUCAGUAUGGAAUUUCUGUCACUGAGUUGCAGAUGUUCCUCUGUGUGAAACAUCCCCAGCGGCGAAGAGUGAGGAGAAACAGAUGUUUGCAAAGGCAAAAAAUGGCUUCCUGGAAAAAUAAAGAUAAAGAAAAAUGGCAUUAUUCACAUGUGUACUAUAUCGAUUUAGCCAGGGCUACAAGCGAAGCCUCUGUUUAUUUACUCUUAGUAUAAGCAAUUAACUUAAAUAUAAUAAUUAACUCUAAGCCACUAAAAAAAAUCCACCUUGUGAGGGAGGAGCUGAUGAUUAAGAAAAUCCCACAAAAAGACCUGGACUGAAAACUCUGAAAACUCUCCCAUCAUCCCUAAAAGUCUUAUGUUUACAGCAAAAAAUAUCAUUUUAGUGCAUGAUACUCCGUGGCAGCAGCCAAUUUGCAGGUUACAAUUUCUAGAGUCAAUAUGGAGCUGUAGUAAAGAGGACAGUGACGGCAGCCAAAACAUCACUUUUAAAAUGAAUACACGUUUUGUCUUACUUUGUUGAUCGCUGAAAGUGUCAAAUGUAGGCAAAUUUUCCAGGAGUUGAUUUCUUGGGGACUGCACUGAAGUUUACAAAGAGAAAGAAAAUUAUUUUGUUGUCCGUUGUUUAUGUCCACCAUUAAACAUGCAAUUAGGCAUUUUAACGUUGAAGUCGUGCAGUGACAACAAAGAAAUUAAGGUACAAAAAAGCAUAAUGCACAUACAAAGUUGUUGUUUUUCUAACCUAUUGCUUUUUUGACAUCUCAUUGCCAUUGUCAUUGCUAAGGCUCACUUAUUAAAUACUUGUAGGAAAGACCUAUGAUUGUUCUCUUCUAUUGGACCCAGAAUGGAACAGUUACACUGUAUGUGUAAACAAGAGCCAUUAUGGCUCUUGAUGUGAAUUUUUUGGAAAGCAUGACUAAGCUAAAAGCACAUCCUUUAAACUGCAUUUUUCAAAGUUUUUUCUCAUAUGUCAAACAAACGAAAUUCAAUAUCUUUACUGGAAAAACUCCAUUGGUUGCCUCUAGGUGAACUGGUUAAUGUUUUGCCAAGACAAAUGCAAGCUGCUUAUCUUGGAUUCCCUGUCUGCACCCCAGCAGAGUCUACUUAGUACCUCCCUGCGAGUCCGUACAUACAUACAUAUAUAUGUGCAUGUGCAUGUAUGUGUAUGCUGACAUCAUAACAAAAUUUUCUUGCAUUGAUAGAUUUCCAUUUUCCAUAGCAAUGGAGGCUCUGCUAUAAAUUUAUUAGUUGUGAAAUAAAGAACCACAUGGGAGUCCUGCAGUCACAAGGUCUUUUUAUUUGGCCAGCUUACAGUCAUACAAAAAUACUGUAAUUUGAAACUGUUUGCAUUUGUUACAAUGAUAUGAGAUUAACUCAGUAAGAGACUGUUACAGAUUAAAAUUAAGUUAUGAUUACACUGCUGAACAUACUCGCUAACAAUCAUCCUGACAAACAUAAAUCCAAAUUGUAAUCCCUAAAUAGCAACAGGACACCUAAGGAACCACAGGUAACCAAAAGAUUUGUGUGCUGCUGGCCUGGGGGCUCGCAGCAGUAUUAUCAUAAUGGUGAUGUGUAGUUUGUAAUAAAUUAAUUAAGUAAUUUACAGUCUUUUGUUUGGUUUUUAGGCUGAUCAUCUGUUUACAGCAAACAUGGCAGAUGGUAACAAGGAGAGAGCUUUGUUGCUGAUGACGAAUCAUGUGAAAGCUGCUAAUGCCAUCUACAAGAAUACAGGAUUUGCUGAUGCAAGCAAACCCGAGGGUAUGAAAGCUCUUACUUAUUACACAGUAGCUGUCCAUGGAAAGGCUCUGAAGUGUAUCCAGAUGGAAUAUACUGUUCUGCUGCAAAACAGAAAUUUACUUUUCCAACCAUUUUGAAUAACAAUUUUUCCAAAUGGAAAAUGAACAUUUUGUUCAUAAACUGGCACUUUAUUGCAAGCGUCAUUCGUGUACUUUAUGUCCUCAUGUCAAAAGUAUGUGUAUGUUCUGUCAGUAAGUUUGUACAGUUCAACAUCUUAAAGUAACUGUCAGAAAUUUUUAUGUGCUUUAUUAAUGGGGGUAUGGACAAAUUAUGGAUCGGGAACUGGUGCAAUGAUUUACUGAUAUUAAAUUAUUUUCAUGCAAGAUUUCCAGGAGACUUGAAAUUUAUGCAUUCAGUUUAAUUUCAACUUGAUUAUAACUACUGUACAUAUAUUAAUCAACAACAAUGUACCUUGAUUGAUAAAGAUAAAAAUAAUGUUGAAAUUAAGUUUAGAGUGAUUAUCAUGUACAUGUACAGCCAUCAGCUCUUGGUUCCUGUUGAGUUUGAGUAAUUUUUUAUACUGUAAGUUAUUUUUAUGAUCUAUAAGAUUGUAGUCACUCAAUAAUUCACAGCUCAAAAGAUAAAUAAAUCAUUGUUGAUGUCAGCUUAGAUUUGUUGCAUCCUGUCUGUUGCUUUUUAAUUUCUUUCAGGAAUUCAGUUUCAAAUCCAGAGAAUGCGUGCCAACGACAGUGAAGAUCUUAAAGACACAAAAAACCCUUACAGAGAUGAAAACAUUGGUGUUGAGAAGUUACUUGAGUUAAAUUCUGAAGAAACACAUGAUGAUGUGUGCCUCGCCUAUGUCUUCACUUAUAGAGACUUUGCUGAUGGUGUCCUAGGACUUGCUUGGGUGGGUGAAACAGGUAAUCAAAAUUAUCAUUUGAAAUUUGUAACAAUAAUAAUGAUGAUGAUGACCAUGAUGAUGCUUUCUUUGAGACUUCAACAUGUGUACUGACUGUGUCAUCUGUCUCAGCAUGCGCUGCUCGACAAAUAUUAGUGGUUGACAUAAAAAUUCAUUAUAAUGGUAAUACUCAUACAUACCAUACAUACAUGUAGAGAAUAAUGGAUGACCAUGUGGAGAUGUGAAAUUUCUCUUCAAUUGUUGAAAAAUAUUUCACAAUUGAGCACUACGAACAAGUGAAAUAUCUUUGAACAUGAGAACAGAAAUCUCGUACAUGUACACUGUAUCUCCAAGCGACCAUGUAAUUUUCUAUUUAUUAUAUACCAGGGGUUUUAAUAAAAACUGAAGUAGCCAGCAGCUUUGAAUAGAUUAACCAACUGCAUCAACAAGGGGCCAUUGGUCCCUGGUCAGCAUUAGAUCCCAUCAGCCGUAGCCCCUUUCUCCCCUUAUGAAAUUUACACAAGGAAGAACUGUUUUCUGCUUUUAUACCACACUUAGAUUAUAUUUCAAGCUGGAAAUGUUCAUGAAAGUGCAAGUCUCUUCAAUUUGAAAGAAAAAAAAAAUUUGUAAUGAUAGGCAGCAGGAUUCAAACCCACAACAAGAAGUACAAGUACACCACGCUUUUGUUGGAGACGGGGAAAUAAUUGAAGUACAUAUUACAUCAACCCCAAUCCAAAAAAAAACCUAACCUAUUUCGAAAUAGUGCUGAACACCAAACUGUAAAGGCAAUGCUUAACCACAAUCAGUAAAGGCAAUGCUUAACCCUAAUCAGUAAAAGCAAUGCCUAACCCUAAUCAGUAAAGGCAGAGCUUAACCCUAAUUAGUAAAGGGGAAAACUACGUUGUGUAAAUUUCAUGAGGUGUCCGAAAGGGCUAAGAUCGAUGGGAUGUAAUGAUAACCUUGGUCCCCCUUUUCUAGGGGGGAGGGGGUCUGGGCACGUUCUAGCCCAGAAAAUUUUGAAAUUUCAAAGCCCUUAAAUGCGAUUUUCAGCGUUCUGUGGAAUAAAUUUGAGGACAAAAGAGCGUGUUUUUCAUUCAAGAAAAUGUAGCUUUCAAUUUAUUUAUCAGUCACACAAUCAAUUCCUACUAGCAAUAAAGUAAAACAAUUGAUGAAAACUAAAUUACGUACUUUUGCACGUAAACAAGUAAUUCUGUGUAAACCUAUGAAGAAACACAUCAUGAUUUAUUAUUAUUAAACGUUUUUAUUCAGAUAAUUUUUAUGAUGUAUUUUUUUGUUUACAACGUUUUUCAAACAAGUUGCUUCUUCUUUCUAGAAAAAAGUAGCCGACCUCAUAUGAGUAAAGUAGCCAACACGUUUCGUCAGCUGUCAGUGCUUAUUGAAACCCCUGAUACACCAUAUUUUUUUCAUUUAUAAGACGCGCCCCAAACUUUUCAAUGCAAUUUUUCUAAGUUGACAAACUGAAAAUCAAGCCAUAAUACUCGCCUAUAAGGCACAACCACGAUUUUUGGUGAUGUUCACACUAACUACAACAACACGCUUUCCAAUGAUGUUGAUUACAGCCAUUCUCGUUAAAUUGCACCUAUGUGAACAAAAGCGAAAAAGGUUACAUAUUUUGAUCAAAGGUGAGAAAAUCACAUCUAUCAACACAAACAGCACUGUUUUCUAAAGCUGCAAAUACUUAGGGAAUCUGUUUCUGUUCCUUAAACAAGUCAGCUGUCUUGGUUGCCGCAUAUUGACAUCUUUACAUGCAUUAGUAUCAAGAUAAGAUUGAUCGUAUGAUACAUGAGCCUGAAUAUUUCUUAACUAACUGCCAAAUCUGGUAAAAUUAAACCCUUGUUUAUCAAAAUAACUGUGAUAAAGAGCUCUCACAGUUCUAUUAACAGAUUUGGGAGCUUUCUUUGGAAAACAAAGGUCUGAAACAAGCGCAAGAUCACAGUGUGGAAAUGACUGUUAACAAACCGCAACCUUGGGUCAAGCACGUGCUCAAAAUUUUUGCCUGGUUACCAAGUAUCAGCAUUCAAUUUAAAACGAUCAAUGCCAGAUGAUUUGUUUCGAAUGCAAAACGAUUCAUUCAUCAUUUAAUACCAGCUUUAGACAAUGUACAUUGGUAGAAGUCAUUGAAAACCGAUAACAAAGAAGAGGAUGAGCAGCUACAGCUUUUAGAGUCUAGAAUUUGACUCAAUUUUGUUUUGUUGUCGGAAGAUACUCAGUUACAGACGCACCCCGGAGUUACAACAGAUUUAGAGCUAUCAAGCAAACUUUCGUUGAAACAAAGCUGCCCCCCAUAAGUGAAAAAAUAUGGUAAACACCAAUGAUAUACCAAACCAUUUUGCUUUGAUAUUUUUUGGCCGUGAAAUGAAUAAUUUAUCUUGUAGCCAUAGCAACGAUGAUCUUUUCAUGUGUGAAGUUAGCAUGUCAUUUUUCACGUGAGAAGAUGUCAUGUUUUUGCGCAAAAGCUCACCUGGUACAUUGGUGGUAGAUGUACAAUACAGGAAAACCCCGCGACUAAGAACCUGUUAGGUUAAAAUUUGCCAGUUAAGCCCCCUUUGUAUAACAACCUGUUUAGCCUAAAAUUUGAAACAAUUUCUUAUUUUCUAAAAUCCAUGAAAAAAUUCUGUACACUUGGGCAAAUAAGAUAAGUCAACAUUCAGAAACCUCUUUGGAGACAUAGAUGCAUACCCCUACUGCAAUGUAAUUGUAUUAUUGUUAUUAAUACAAUUACAAAUUAAAUACAGUAUAUACAUAUGAGCAAGAUUUAUUAGUACUGACUGUUCUUAUGGUCAUUUUUACAUAACCUCUCAUUCUGGUAUGUAGAUAAUUUAUUUUUUUUCUACAUAAUUGUGCUGUAUUAUGUAGCCUUAGGAACACUGAUCUUUUCAAGUGUGAAGAUAACAUGUUACAUAUACAUGUAUUUUCACAUGUGAAGAUAAUUAUCAAAAUGUUUUCGCACAAAAAGCUCACCUGGUAUUUUAUUGGUGUACUAUUUUCACUGUAGUUGCGUUGAACUAAAGACUUAGUAAUUGUGUGAAAGUACAGAUUGAUAUUUACACAAAACUUUUUGCUUUGUCAUUUUUAAGGUGGAGCUGCUGGUGGGAUUUGUGAGAGAGGAACAACAUUUAGUGAUGGUAAAAAGAAAAACCUUAAUACAGGAGUGGUUACAUUUAUCAACUAUGGCAAGCAAGUUGCCCAGAAAGUCUCUCAGAUCACUUUUGCCCAUGAAACUGGCCAUAACUUUGGAUCACCUGUAAGUUGCAAGUUUUUUUAGUUUUUCCUUUAAGAAUGUUGGCCUUUUUGUGUGAUGGUGAUCCAUUAUGUGAAGUGAACUUUAUAUCAUAUGUAGUGGCAAUGAAUAACCAUCAAGAUACAGGUAUACAUGUAGCUGGAGAUGACAAUACUGUUUGUAUAGAGUUCUAAAGUAAUGAUGUCAUAAAAAAAUAAAUUUGGGAAAUGAUGGGAUUUGUUGGGACAUUAUGAAAGAACAACAUCUAAAGGCCCACUUGCAAGCCAAAAACUCCAAAAUCUGAUAUCGGGGUGCCAAUUGUCUCAGAGAUACUAGCCCCUGUUUUGCCCUGGUAACUCCAUAAAAAUCCUUCAAUAUUUGCCUUAGGUCAUACAUUUAACAUAAAGAACCAAGUCUGGCACUGUAAAUUCAUCAGUGAAAGAACAUUAAUUUAGAACAUUACAUUUAAGAAACGUUCUUAUUUGUAGAUUUGGUCAAAUUUUACCAAGGUCACGACAACAGUCUAAAUAAUUAGCACGUGAGGAUUUUUUUUGAAACACUGUUGCUAGAUUUUGAAAAAAUUCCCAAUUUGUAGGUUUCAUGUCAUUGUUAUUCUGUUGCUUGUAAUCAGUGAUGUAAACAAAACAUACUCUAAAAUUAUGUUGAAUGUUAGGUAUGUUGAUAUACUUUGUGACUUUUUGGUGCAUUUGCUACAGCCACAGUAAUGGGGCAUCAAAGACAAAGGGUAUAGGACUCGAAAAAUGAGUGCAAGUCUCGUUAACUUGAUCUUGUACUGCUAUUGAUGCGUGACUAGAGUUAAUGAAUUCGUUAAAACUUUUAAACAGCAUGACACUACUGCUGAUUGCUCUCCUGGAGGUAGUGCAGGAAACUACAUCAUGUUUGCCAGGGCUACUAGUGGUGAUAAACCGAACAACAGACGUUUUUCACCAUGCAGUAGGAGUAAAAUGAAUGCUGUUAUGGAGGUGAAGGGAAGAUGUCAGGAUAAAAAAUGUUGCUUUAAAGGUACAGUGUCAUACUUGCUCAAAAUGUAUUACGGUCAACUCCUCUCUUAACCCUUUAAGCUCCAAUAUCCACAAGCAAAUUCUCCAAACUGAUCUCUAUACAUUUCUUUAAAGAAUAUGUUGAGAGAAUUUGAGAAAAGAUCAAAGCAUGUUCUCGGUCAACUCCUCUCUUAAACCUUUAAGCUCCAAAAUCCACAAGCAAAUUCUCCAAACUGAUCUCUAUACAUUUCUUUAAAGAAUAUGUUGAGAGAAUUUGAGAAAAGAUCAAAGCAUUUUCUCUUUGGUGAUCAUUUAAUUAAUUCUCAUAACCUAAUCUCUUGACAAUGUAUGGAUAUCGCUAGGAGGAAAUUCAUGUUGGUCACUAUUGGGACUUAAAGGGUUAACAGGCACCUCUAUUAGAUGGACACCUUGAUAAAACGGACAUCUAGAGGUGGUCUCUGGCUCUCUUUACUCCCUUAGUUGACUCUCUACAAGACGGACUUUACUCUCGCUUUAACCCUUUAAGCCCCAAUAUCCACAUACAAAUUCUCCAAACUGACCUCCAUACAUUUCUCUAAAGAAUGUGUUGAGAGAAUUUUAUAAAAGAUCAAUGCAAUUUCACUUUGGUGAUCAUUUAUUUUUAUCAAUUCUCAUAACCAUAUCUCUUGAAAGUGUAUGGAUAUCGUUAGGAGAAAAUUUAUGUUGGUCACCAUUGGGACUUAACGAGUUGGAAAACUUAGUGCUGUUCCCAAAGGUGCACACCAAGGAGAGUUGACUGAUAAGGCCACUUGCACUAAGAGAUCACGUGACCAAUGCUUCCUUUAAACAAUGAGUUGGAAUCUUGCUGAUGCCAAAAAUUGUUAGAGCACAUGAAAAUUAUCUUACACCCGAAAUUUGAGAGGAAACGCAUGGGACUUUGAUUUUUCCACAAAGUAGUAUGAUUUGUAUUGGCCGCCAUGUUGGAGGGCAUGCUCUUGCCCUCCAACAUGGCGGCCAAAACUACUUUUUGCUUAUAUCUUGUUCAACGUUUGAUAGUUACGCUCAGAUGUGCUGUAAACGUUAUCACAUCAUCUUUUCAACAUUUUCCUUGAAGUUUAAGUGCAAAAUUUGUGUUCAGAGAGAGGUAAUUCAUAGUUUUAAAAAUCACAGUUUGGUCACGUGACCAUUUACGAACUUAUUAAUUUUAAGAAAAUGGUGCGGAUUUGAAAAACCAAAUCACCAUUAUUUUGUUUAAGAUAUGACCCACUAAUGGUUUUUCGAAGGCAAAAUCAUAUAACUUUCAUUUUCGUAAAAACGAUGUCACAUGACCUCUUAGUGCAAAUGGCCUAUUAUGCAGUUAUUAUCAAAUAAUAGGAUUAAUAAUAAUAGUAUUAUAGUAUGUUUUGAAUUAAAGCUAUUAAUUUUAAUACCUGAUCAACUGCAGCUGCCAUACAUGUACAGUGUGCGAUGAUCAGUGAAUUGUACAGCAGUUUUAAAAGUAAUAUUUCCAGAGUUAUUUGUAUGCAUUUAAUUUGCUAUGACUCUAGUGAUAAGAAUUGCUUUACCAAGCAAGACAUUUUUUACUUGCUGAUCAUUUCCCAUUUUCUCGUGAACUUUAUUUUCGAUAGAGCAGUGUUACUAAAAGGAAUGUUAAAAGUUUGGUCACUCUUAGGGGUCAAAGGGUUACUUGCACACGAACUCUGAAGUUCAAAGGCCAACAAACCCUUGCCUUCUUCGCUGCCGUAAAUCAUCUUUCCGUAUCUCUUAGGAAACAGAAGCUUACUUCAACGAGUUCAAAAUGACAUGGUUUGUGAUUUCUGAAUGCUGUUAUUGUAUUUCGAUCCACUUUGUGUGUUUCUGAGUUUCAUAAUUAUGAUUGACGGCAGUAAAAAGACAAUUGUAAGCAGGCUUUUAAAUUUCGGAGAUCGUGUGUUAUUGAAAAGUGCAGCAAAUAACCUUAUAAUUCAUUUCAACAGCUGCUGAGGAAGCAAUCUGUGGUAAUAUGGUUGUUGAGAAAGGUGAACAAUGUGACUGUGGUUACGGACAAGAUACUUCAUGCACCAUGGAUGACAAAUGUUGUCAAGGUCGCAAUGGGACUGGGGAACCUCUGCCAGGAGACUGUCAGCUUUUGCCAGGAAAAACAUGCAGGUUG